AUGACUUCCAUCUCAGGGAUUGUCCCGUCUCGCCCUGUCUCCCGUUCUGGGAAUGGGGAUGAGAAGAACGGCACGGAAAGAAUGCAUUCGAAGCGCCUGUGUUCAGAUUGGCUGGUGUCUUAUGAGUCCAACUUCUCCGUAGCCAAAGACCGUGAAUGGCUCACUUCCUACACUCCCUUUGAAUCCUACGUGCUAGACCACAAGGGUGCCCUUAUGGAGGUCCUCGGAAUCGGCAGUGUCACCCUUCCUGUCAUGCGCAGCAACAGCGACCCUUUGGACGACGAGAAUUCGACAAAGAAGGGAGAAGUCACGCUUCAAGAAGUUCUUCAUGUUCCCAAAGCGGCUUGCAACGUGGUCUCUAGACAUGACAGAGUUCUGGGGCGUCAGGAGCUGUGGAUGUUGCCCGAUGAGGAGGAUCCUUACAAACGGGGCGUCUUCCAACACAGGAGGGGGAAACAUGCAGGCCUCGAAAAUAUGGAUGUCUCCGUCUAUAUACCUCCGAACAGCGGCUCACUGUGCCUACUCGGCCUGGACCUGGAUAGCCCACCUACAGGCUACGCGCUGGCGCCUACAUCUUUCCCCGGCACUGAUGGACAUGUCAAUGGAUCACCGAAAUCGAACUUCACGUACAGCGGCGACUUGAUACCGCGUACUUGGCCUACCAACCAGAGAGAAAGAUGGAUCAGGAGGAAGGAAACUGGGGAGGAUGAUUUGUGUGUUUGUGAACCGGCAAAUGCCACAGCGACUGGCGCUACUGGACCACGGAUCAAAACCGCGGAGCUGGUGAAGAAGCUCAUGGAUCAACGGGCCGGACUCAUCAGUCAGCUGAAAACGCUGGAUGAGCUCAUUGAUGAGGUGCAAGGCGUCAUCCCGCCUCCAGCGGCAGCGACUAGUGUCAACAGUCUCAACACUAUACCUGCCACACCCGUCUCCAUGGACGCUUCUUUACCUUCAAGUAUGAGGUCAGCGUCAACUGCGAAUGCUGAACCUACACCAACCUCUACGAACACUCCUUCGGUUUCAGAGUUGGUAGACCACUCCGAGGUCUGCCAUGGAGGAGGAGAUACUACCCAAACACCUGAUUUUGCUCGUGUAACGACGAAAGAAGAGAAAAGGGCGAUGGCAGAGCAAGAGGCUAUGACUGAGGUAGACGCCAUGGAGUGGGAAGAAACCAUCGCGGAGGCCAUGGAGUGGGAAGAAUGCCCGGCAGAAACAGAGUCCAUGGAAGAGUCCACAGCAGAGGCAGAGGAAGUAGCAGAGGAAGAACUCAUGGGAGAAGAACAGGUUAUAGUGAAGGAAGAGGUCAUGAUAGAUGAAGAGGCUAUGGCAAAGGAAGAGGUCAUGGCAGACGAAACGGAAAAGGGCAAGGCAGAGGACAAGGUAGAAGAGAACGAGGCCCGGUGGGAGACCCAGUCAGAGGUCCAGGCAAAACAAGAGGCCCAGGUGGAAAAAGAGUCCCAGGUUCAAAGAGAGGCACAGGUUGAGGAAGAGGCCCAGGUUGAGGAAGAGGCCCAGGUUGAGGAGAAGGUAGAGAAAGAGGAAGAGGCCCAAUGGGAGACAGAGUCAGAGGAAGAGGCAGAGGUCCCAGGAGAGGCUGAGGAAAGAGGUCGAAGAAGAUGCAAAGACAAAGGAGGCAAAGGCAGAGAAAAGGUCAAAGCAGGGGAAGAGGCCCAGGUAGAGGAAAAGGUGGAAGAUGAUGAAGAGGCCCAGUGGGAGACCCAGUCAGAGGAAGAGGUUGAGGAAGAGCCAGAAGAGACAGAGGCAGAGGAAGAGACCCGGAAAGAGGAAGAGUCAGGGAAGAGGUGGAAGAAGAGGCAGAUGAAGAGGUAA